AUGCCGGAGCCGUCCCUGUCGCGACGACGCCAGGGCUCCUAUGUCCUCGCCGAGGAGGCAGAUGAGUUUCCGCUGCUGCAGUCUGCCGACUUGGCAGCGUGCUUGUCCUUUCUGCAGCGUCAGCACGACACCGUCCUGCACCGGCUGGACCUUCAGGACAGCCUGCUUGAACAGCUCCUCCCAACAACUGCACGCAGCCAGCCGCAGCCCCGCCUGGUGCGCGAAACCUUCUCAGGAUCAAGCUCUCAAGGAGCGCGACCGCCGUCGAAGGAAUCUGAAGCACCUCCAACUCCAAAUGAAAGGCAGCGAAUCUCUCCCGGAGGAGCCCAAAGUGGGUCAAUCUCUUCAUUUCUGAAUCACAUCACGCAGUCCUUCGACCACUCCAGGUGGCGCGAGGGCGGGUCCACCUCGCGGUCCGCAGGGCCGAGGCUCUUCAAAAGCUACACCAACCAAGAGCUGGAGAAGAAGAGGGAGGCUCACUCGGCGGAUGCGAGCCGAUCCCGGGCCAUGUUCUCACGCAACAAGCAACCUCUUAAAGCCGAUGCUGGUGGACGUUGCAUGGCGCGACUGGUGGACCACCCGGUCUUCGACGUUUUCUUCGCAUUUGUUGUGAUCCUGAACUCCAUCAUGAUUGGGAUUGACGUGGAGAACACCCUGGCCUUCGAGGGAAGGCCAGCAUGGCUACAGGUACUGCAGGUCGUUUGCACCGUCUUGUUCUUGGUAGAGCUGAUCUGCCGGGUAUGGGCCGGCGGGCUUCGGAUCUUUUGUUCAGAAGACUGGUUGUGGAUACUCUUGGACGUGCUCAUCGUGGCUCUGUCCCUGUGGGAGAUCGUCGUGGACAUCGUCGUGUACCUAGAGCCACAGCAACCAGGGAUUGAGGAAGGCUCCGGCGUCAGCGGCAUCGCCAGCUUGAAGGCCUUUCGGAUCAUUCGCCUGACGCGGAUCUUGAAGACGGCCCAGCUGAUGCGGGUCUUCCGAUUUGUCAUGGCGCUGCGGACACUGGUCCAGUCUGUCUUGCACACUCUGAAGGCCCUGCUGUGGGCCCUCCUCCUCCUGCUCUUGAUUGUCUAUGUAUUUGCCGUGCUCUUCACACAGGCCAUUCACGACCACACCCAUGUCGACAAGCUUCCGAUGCCACCAGAAGCUGGCGAAGCCAGCACGCGCUACUUCGGCUCCCUCCUCGACUCAAUGCUCAGUCUCUUCAUGAGCAUCGCCGGCGGGGUGAGCUGGGAGGAGGUCCUACUUCCUUUGCGGCACAUUUCCUCGGCAUGGAUCUGGACGGCAUGCUUCAUCUUCUACAUAAGCUUUACGUACUUUGCUGUCCUGAACGUCGUCACAGCAGUGUUCUGCCAAUCAGCGAUCGAAUCGGCGCAGAACGAUCAUGCCACCGUCGUGCAGAACAUGUUGGAUAACAAGGAGGCUCACUUGAGGAAGCUGCGCGCACUCUUCAGCAAGUUCGACAUUCAGCAAAACGGCGGCAUCACCUAUGGCAUGUUCGAGGAGAAGCUCGAUUCCCCAGCUGUCCGUGAGUAUUUCGAGACGCUGGGGCUUGACGUCUGGGAUGCCUGGUCAUUCUUCAAGCUGCUCGAUCAAGAUGGUGGUGGCUUGGUGGAGAUCGAGGAGUUCUUCAUGGGAUGCCUGAGAUUCAGCGGACAUGCUCGGGCAAUGGAUGUUGGCAAGAUUAUCCAAGACCAGGGCUGGAUCAUCCGAAAUCAGGGCCGUUUUCACAGCUACGUCGAGGGCGAGCUGCACAAGCUGCACGAGCACAUGGACUCGCUUGCGGGGUUCCUCGGCUCGAUCUCACGAAAGGUCGCCUGCGAUCAGCUCUGA